AUGCCAAGGAGUUCCGACGAUGAUACGCUCCAGUUUGAGCCUGAGCACAAUGAUCAGAGACAACAGAAUGAAGCUGAUGGAGGUGAGAGUGGAAAGAAAGAAGAGCAAAACGGCGGUGGCCCAAUUGGAUUUUGGAACAAAGAAUUGAGAGCCGUGAGGUUGGAUGUCUUCAAGAAUUGGGGAAUUACCACCCUUAUUCUUUGCACCUUCAUUCUCGCGGUCCUGUCAUUAUACUGGGCUGUUCUUUUCCACGUUGAGGACAACCUCUCUUCCCUCGUCGUGUUCGUUGUCGAUUUUGAUGGCCAAGUUACUCCAUACACGGAUGUCACCCCGGUUGUUGGCCCUAUGAUCGUCCAGACUGCUCAGUCACUGCUCGCACCCAGUGGAACCGUAGGAUGGCAAAGUCAGCCAGCCUCAGUCUUCGGGUUCGAUCCCAUGGCUGUUCGUCAAGCCGUAUACGAUGAAAAGGCUUGGGCAGCUAUUAUCAUAAACGCAAACGCAACAGCUCUCCUCCAGGAUGCUGUCAACAACGGAAAUUCUUCAUACGACCCAAUGGGCGUGGCUCAAGUGGUAUAUGUAGAAGCAAGAGAUGAGAAUACACUCGACAACUACGUCGUCCCCCAACUCCAACAAUUCCAAAUCCAAGUCACAACCUCCUUUGGCCGAAUGUGGGCAAACCAAGUCCUCUCACGAGCCUCCACCGACCCCUCAAUUCUCACCAACAUCCAGUCCGCACCCCAAGCCUUCUCUCCCGCCAUCGGCUUCUCAAUCUUCAACCUGCGCCCCUUCUUCCCUCAAACCGCCACCCCAGCAAUAACAAUCGGCCUCAUCUACCUAAUAAUCAUCGCCUUCUUCUCCUUCACCUUCUACCUACCCAUCCACAUGAAAUAUAUCGAACCACAAGGCCACCGACCCCUCAAAUUCUACCAGCUGAUAAUUUGGCGCUGGCUAGCAACAGUAACAGCCUACCUCUUCCUCUCCCUCUCCUACUCCCUCAUCUCGCUCGCCUUCCAGAUCCCUUUCUCAUCGACCCCAUCUUCUCCGACCGAAGUCGUAAACCCCACCACCGCCUACCACUACGGCAGUUUUCCGGUGUAUUGGAUGGUCAACUACGUCGGCAUGAUCGCGCUUGGUUUGGCAUGCGAGAAUGUGGCCAUGGUGGUUGGCAUGCCAUGGACGGCGUUCUGGCUGAUCUUUUGGGUCAUCAGUAAUGUAAGCACGUCUUUUUAUAGCAUUACGCUUGCGCCGAGGUUUUAUUUCUGGGGCUAUGCGUGGCCGCUGCAUAACAUUGUCGACGCAAGUAGAAGGAUCCUUUUCGAUGUCCAUUCGAGGAUUGGACUCAAUUUCGGGAUCUUGUUUGCGUGGUGUGCAGUUAAUACAGCAUUUUUCCCGCUGUGUUGCUACUUCAUGAGAUGGAAGACGAUGAGAGAGGAGAAGAAGGCAUCCUAGCAGAAGAAGGAGCAAUGAGGGAUCAGUAACGCCUUCAGGUGAUGUAGAAGUCAAAAUUCUUUGUGUUUAUUCCCGGGAUAUUUUUUAGAUACGAUAGAUGAUUAGCAUUAGAGCAAGUGGUUCAAUCACAGCGAAGCUUUGUUGUUGUUUUAACC